GCUUCAUUCGCUUCUCGCUUCGGUCAAUUUGCCUCCGCCAACCCCGUUCCUAUUUUCCCGAGAAGCUGCCGGUGUCCACGGACAUGAAUACCCUCGCCUCUUAGUUCAGUAAGAUAUGGCAAUGUGUUACACCCCGUGACAUCCUGAACAGCCGGCCGAUUUCGCAUCUUCAAUUCCGCAAUGCGCGGAGUCAGGGUGCUUACCUCUUGGGCUCCAGGGGUUGCUUCAAGACCAUUCGUCCUGCCGAGGACGUGCGUCUUGACUGAUCUCUACCCUGGAGCCAACGCACCAGCGCCUUCGCUGAGUGCUCGCGGUCUUCUCAAUCGCUCGUUCUCCAGCUUCUCUACCCCAUUUCGCAAUCGUCAUACAAAUGGCAUUUGUCAGCCUACCGGUUUCUCGGAUUUCCAUCACGCCAAUGCCAGGCUCCAGCCCCAAUUAAUACAGAAAUUGCGGUCCUUUGCCUCGACAUCACGCUCCCUAGAGAAUAAGCCGACCGCGCAAACGACGGACGCUCCGCAAGCAACCCAGAAAACCAACCAGGACAAGGAAGACGAUGAAGCUGAUAAAGGAUUUGAGCUGUCGGAAAGGGCAGCCCAAGCGGCUCAGGUUAAUCUCCGAGCGAAACUCGCCAAAGACGGGGCCUCGGGGAAGAAGUCAGGUUUCUCGGAGAUAUGGCGUCUUCUGUCCAUCGCACGGCCUGAGGCCAGGAAACUUGGAUUAGCGUUUCUGUUCCUGCUGGUGUCUUCAUCCAUCACCAUGUCAAUCCCAUUUUCGAUCGGAAAGAUCAUGGAUGCGGCGACAAAGUCCACCGAAGGCGGCGGCACUGAGCUGUUCGGACUGAGCAUCCCGAUGUUCUACGGCGCUCUGGCCAGUAUCCUUACCCUAGGCGCCGCAGCAAACUAUGGACGAAUCAUCAUCCUGCGCAUUGUCGGAGAACGCAUCGUUGCUAGACUUCGCUCGAAGCUCUUCCGGCAGACGUUCAUCCAGGACGCCGAGUUCUUUGACGCCAACCGAGUCGGUGAUUUGAUCUCCCGCCUCAGCUCGGAUACCAUCAUCGUGGGUAAGAGUAUCACGCAGAACUUGUCCGACGGUUUGCGCGCAGGUGUCAGUGGCGCUGCGGGCUUUGGCUUGAUGGCAUACGUCAGUCUCAAACUGUCCAGUAUCUUGGCUCUGUUGCUUCCUCCCAUUGGUCUCGGUGCUUUCUUUUACGGCCGGGCGAUCCGAAACUUGAGUCGCAAGAUCCAGAGAAACCUCGGAAACUUGACCAAGAUCGCCGAAGAACGCCUAGGCAAUGUGAAGACGAGUCAGUCUUUCGCCGGGGAAGUCCUCGAGGUCAAUCGUUACAACACUCAAGUGCGCAAGAUCUUUGACCUGGGCAAGAAAGAAUCUGUGAUCAGUGCAACCUUCUUCAGUUCUACCGGAUUCAUGGGUAACAUGACGAUACUAGCGCUCCUCUAUGUCGGAGGAGGAAUGGUUGGAAGCGGCGCCAUCAGCAUCGGAGAGCUGACAUCCUUCUUGAUGUACACUGCGUAUGCCGGCUCUAGCAUGUUCGGCCUUUCGAGCUUCUACUCCGAGUUGAUGAAAGGCGUCGGUGCUGCGAGUCGACUGUUCGAGUUGCAAGACCGCGAACCCACUAUCUCUCCUACCAAAGGCGCCAAGGUCGUGUCGGCGCGGGGCCCUAUUCGGUUUGAGAAUGUUUCCUUCAGCUACCCAACCCGACCGGCUGUUCCCAUCUUCAGAGAUCUAGACUUCGAGAUUCCUCAGGGCACGAACGUUGCCAUCGUCGGCCCUUCGGGAGGUGGCAAAUCGACCAUUGCUUCCAUUUUGCUCCGGUUCUACAACCCUACCGAAGGUAAGGUUUUCAUCGACGGAAAGGAUAUCUGUAAGAUGAACGCCAAGUCCCUGCGACGAAAGAUCGGCGUGGUUUCGCAAGAGCCCGUUCUUUUCUCUGGGUCUAUUGCCGACAAUAUCUCCUACGGCAGUCCACAUGCGACCAAGUCGGAGAUUAUUGCGGCAGCUCGCAAGGCUAACUGCCAGUUCAUCAGUGAUUUCCCCGAUGGACUUGACACUCAAGUGGGUGCUCGAGGCGCUCAGCUCUCUGGCGGACAGAAGCAGCGGAUUGCAAUUGCUCGCGCCCUGAUUAAGGACCCUGAUAUUUUGAUUCUCGACGAAGCAACCUCCGCACUUGACGCGGAGUCCGAGACGCUCGUCAACAGCGCUCUUGCUGCCCUCCUGCGCGGCAACAACACCACGAUCAGCAUCGCUCACCGACUUUCUACGAUCAAACGAUCCGACACGAUCAUCGUGCUCAGUCCGGACGGAAAGGUAGCCGAGCAAGGCUCAUACGAAGAACUGAGCUCCCGUCCCGACGGUGCGUUUACGAAAUUGAUGGAAUGGCAAAUGAGUGGUGGCGAUGCAACGCAACCACCCCAAAGUGCCCCCAUCAGCCCGACCACCCAGGAGAAACUGUGGAAUCUGCAGAAAGAAGAAGACGAGGAUGUAGAGGAAGCGAUUCCGAAGCAAUCGAAGAACGAAUAAAGGGCUUGAUAGAGACUGGUUUCCUUUCUAGUCCGACUCCAUGCACAUAGCCGGUUGGGAUUUAUAGUCGGUUAUCCUUUCUUGAUUUUAUUUUUCUCUUUUUUUAUCUUUUGGAGCAUGCGGCACUGUAGAUUAUUCGAUCUUCCAUUUGUGCCUUAUACAUUUGAUGUUUGAUGUAUCUAUCACCGGACCAUCGCCUCUCUGAUGGGAUUUCUUUAGCUUCUUGGUGGUGAAUAGGAUGGAGGGUAUAGAGAAAUAAUACACUAAUCUCC